UAUUUAGCUAUCAUUCAUCCGUUGCGUCCAAAUAUGGCGUUAAAGUAUCGGUCGGCUAUCGUGUUGAUCGGGAUCUGGAUGUUAGCCAUAGGGUUGGCCUCACCCCAGCUCUGGGCCACCAAAACCAUUCCCUUCACAUACGACUCCCACACGUACUACAAGUGCCGAGAAGUGGCCAGUCGUGUCUAUAGCACCACAUAUUCACUCAUCAUAUUCACCAUCACUUUUAUGUUUCCCUUAAUUACCCUUUCGUUUGUUUACGGAAGCAUUGGAUUCAAGAUGUUUCGCAAACAAAUCCCAGGUCUCAACUUUCAUCCAAAUAACAACAGUUUAGUUAAUAAACUAAAAGCCGUUAAAAUAAGCUCGGUCAUCGUGAUACUAUUCAUCGUAUUUUGGUUGCCCAUACAACUCUACAAUCUAAUCAUAUGGUACAACCCUUUCCUAAUAAUCCGGGCUUUGAAUUAUAAUAUGGACGCAUAUAUCGCCCUAUUCUUCGUGUGCCACUGGAUAUCAAGUGCCCAUUCAUUUGUCAAUCCAAUAAUCUAUGGCUUCAUGAGUGAUAACUUUAGGGUAAGUGUCAAUCCCUAA